AUGGGCUACAGCAUAGAUACUGCGACGUGGCCGGAGGGGGUGAACAUCCCCGUUGAAGUGAAAGGCCUUAUUGAACGCUUUUUCGAGACGGUUGACACCAACCGCGAUGAUGCUGGCGAUAUUUUGGCAGAUGAACUAUUCGCUGAAGAUGGAGUGGCUUACUUUGGCGCCCAUCCCUUUCGAGGGCCAGAAGAAAUUCGAAAGUCUCGAAUCCAUGCAUGGGAUGUGAUAGAAACGCGGAAGCACAAGAUUCUGAGAGUGUAUACUCGGGCGCCCGAUUGUAACGACCUCUUGUUUGUUGCACAUGUGGCUAUGAGUCUCAAAAACGGGAAGAAUGUUGAUGGAGAAUUCGUUGGACGCUUUACCAUUUCAAACAGUGAGACCAAGGAUCCGAAGCUUUCACUUUAUCAAGUUUGGGGCCUAAAUUAG